AUGUCGAUGUGCGAGGCGGGGCGCCAGAGGGGCGCCGCCUUCGCGAUCCGCUGGCUGGGCACGGAGCGCCGCGGGGAGAGGGAGGCGGGCGAGUCCGCGCUGGCGCAGUCGCCUGAAGUUAAGUUGCUCCGGGCGCUCGAAGAGCAUCGAGAUUGCAGUUGCCUUGAUGAGGUGGAACCGAAGCGAGCCAGCAUGGACAUCCAGGGGAAGGAAAUCGCCCCACAGCUGUCUGAAGAAGAGGGCAGCAGGUACUACUGGGAACUGGGCAGGACUCUGGGCCAAGAGCUCCUUCGCCGGCAUGAAUGGGGCCGGGAUGCACACGUGGGGGCUCUGAACUUCAGGGACAGCAAGAGGCGGGCGCAGUCCCGCCUUUACAGUCAGCACAAGCUCAGCAACCCCUCCAGGUUCUACAGGGAGGCUGCGCGCCACCCCGAGGGGGACAUCAUGGACUCCAUGGCGCUGGCCCUCAGGAGAAAGGUCACCUUGCUGGACUGCAAGGCAAUGGGCGCUCAGCGCUCGUGCUGA